AUGGUUUUCCAGACCCCACCCAUGACCACCCCGGAGUACUGCACCGCAGACUUCUCGCUUAUCCCCAUCGGCUCCAAAGACGUCUCCUUCUCCAAGCAAGUCGCCGAGAUCCAGCGUUUGAUCCAGAACACCGGCCUCAAGUCCCAGAUGCAUGCCACCGGCACCACCGUGGAGGGAACAUGGGACCAGGUAUCGCAGACCAUCGGAUGCGCUCACACCAUGAUCCAUAACGAGGGGGUGGGCAGGAUCCAGACGGAUAUCCGCAUCGCAACACGGACCGAUAAGAUGCAGCCGAUGGAGGAGAGUAUCUCCUCCGUGCAGCGGGUGUUGUCUACUUGAUUGUGAUGCGAUGCGAGUUGUGUUCGGGGAUACGAAAAGUGACGAUUGGUGCUUUGUGUUGCUUGGUGGAGUGCGGAUUGUUGUACUGGGAUGGAUGAUGGAGUAGGCUAGGUUUAGUAAUGAAAUUGUCCCUUUUUGUCUUCUUCGAAAUGUAGUAGACCGAAGGCUGUGACUGUAGGUUGUGGGUUUGGUGAUAGAAGCAUUGAGGAGGUGUCUUCUGCUACGGAGCUGGAGCACCCGGAAAAUUCG